AUGCACUGUAAUAUUCUAAAGCUGACAAAGAAUAUGAGAUUGCUAGAUAGUCGAUUUGAUGCAAAUGUGAAUAUGUUAAAACAGUUUUCUGAUUGGCUUUUGGCAAUAGGUGAUGGAAGGAUGGGAUUUUCCACGAAUAACACUAAGAAAGUAAAAAUACCUGAAGAUCUUCCCAUAGAUAAUUUUGAUGAUCCAAUAUAUGGAAUUGUAGAAAGUACAUAUUUCAGUUAUUUGGAGCAUUCUACUGAUAUGAAAUACCUUCAAGAAAAAACAAUUCUUGCACCUACUCUUCAAAUGGUGGAAUCGGUGAAUGAUUACAUGAUUUCUCUCAGUUGUGGGCAGGAGAAGUCAUAUUUAAGUUUCAAUACAGUUUGUAUGUCUGAUCAUUCAUUUACAUGUUUGAGACAUGUGCAUACACCUGAAUUCCUAAAUAGUAUUAAAUGCUCAGGUAUCCCAAAUUACUCUAUCACUUUGAAGGUAGGUGUUCUUGUGAUGUUGUUAAGAAAUAUAGAUCAAUCAGCAGGUUUGUGUAAUUACACAAUAUUAACCAUCAUAAGACUCAAAAAUCGGGUAACUAAAGUGAAAGUAUUAUCAGGAAAAGAAUCUGGCAAUAAGGUUUUUAUUCCGAGAAUGUCACUUACUCCAUCUGAUUCACGAAUUCCUUUUAAAUUCCAACGAAGACAGUUUUCAGUGAUCGUAUCUUUUGCCAUGACCAUCAAUAAAAGUCAAGGUCAAUCAUUGUGUAGUGUAGGAUUAUUUUUGAAGAAGCCUGUGUUUACUCAUGGACAAUUAUAUGUUGCCCUUUCUUGA